CUCACCCUCACCCCUGCGGCGCCCACUGGAGGAGGCAGCGCGGCCCAGCACAGCACAGGGAGGAGCAGCGGCCAUGGCUGAGGCGGCGGGGAAGGAGGAGGCCACACCGGGGGCCCUCAAGGAGAAGGCGGAGGAAAGUGAAGCAGUGGAGGGCAAGACACCACAACAGUCCCAGCAGACUCAGGCCAAGGAUGACUCAGAGGAGGAGCUGGAGUGUGCCGUGUGUCUGCAGAAGUGUGUCCACCCUGUACGCCUCCCCUGCACACACAUCUUCUGCUUCCUCUGCGUCAAGGGAGUAGCGAAUCAGAGCAAGCGUUGUGCCAUGUGCCGGCAAGAGAUCCCGGCAGACUUCCUGGACCACCCGACGCUCCUCUCCUCCAUAGAGGCGGAGAAGGAGGAGGUGCUGCCCGGGGGAUACCAGUGGUUUUAUGAGGGACGCAAUGGCUGGUGGCAGUACGAUGAGAGGACUAGUCAUGAGCUGGAGGCAGCCUAUGGGUCAGGACAGAGGGCGUGUGAGGUGCUGGUGGCUGGGUUCCUGUACAUCAUCGACUUUGACAGGAUGGUGCAGCUCAGGAGGAACGACCCGAGCCGGCGGAGACGCAUCAAGCGGGACCUCAGCUCCAUCCCAAAGAAGGGCGUUGCCGGCAUCAAGCUCCCGAGUCAGUUGGAGGCCGAGCUCUCCGCCCUGCACACCGCUGCCCACGCCAUCCACAUCCCCAACCACCGGGAGGGAGAGAUGGGGGAUAGCAUAAGCCCAGCUGCCAGCAACAACAACAACAACAAUGACCUCUGUCCUCGUACCCCCACCGCCCCCAGCAACACCCCACAGACGCCUCACACACCGAGCGCCGCCAGUAGCAGCAGCGGCUCCCCGGACACCAGCGAGGCUACGCACCUUCACGCACUCACCGCAGAUUCUCAUCACCACCACUAUCACCACCACCUCCCAUCUCAUUACCAACACAUGCACCACCAUAAUCAGCUUCACAUUCCCAACCAUCUCACCAGUAACCUGAGUCUAGGCAGUGAGCACGGUGCCUUCCCUCCCCCAGCAGGCCAGCACCCAAGACCACCCGUUCUUCCCUCAGCCCCCCACCCUCAACCCCCGAUCCAUCACCCCACACCGGCCAGUAGUGGGCUGAGGGAACCUUCGGGCACAGUCAUUCCCAGCGCCGCUAUACCUGUGACGGAGGUGGAAGAGACUGUUUACCAGAUGGACCAACUCUCCCUUCUGCCCGACACCCCGGAAUUCUACCCUCUCGACGGCCCCGAGGAGACUGAGCAGUACCACCUCACACUGUCUUCGGAGGAUGAGUGACUCUGAAGUGCCUGUGAUUUGUAUGACGACAAGAUUCCUUAUUUUUGUCCGCGAGUUUGGUCUGCAUGUCGUUUUUUAUCUUACAACAAUAACGCUGCAUGUGUGUUCUCAUAGUCUGAGUGUAACGUGGCGACAAACUGUACUCGGCACACGUACGUACUGGUAUACAGGGGUGUGGAGUCGAGGUCGGAGUCGGGAAAACGUCUGAUUCCAACUCCUUUACGAAAUGUGUGAUGUGGUGUGGCUGGGUGUGGUGUGGCUGGGUGUGGUGUGGUGUGGUUGGGUGUGGUGUGGUGUGGCUGGGUGUGGUGUGGUGUGGUUGGGUGUGGUGUGGCUGGGUGUGGUGUGGCUGGGUUUGAUUUGCCUACCACUGCACUGCUGAAGAGGCGACGGAGUUGGAAGUCGUAGUUGCAACCUUAAGAUUUGUUGAAGUCGGAGUCAAAAUCUUUUAUAUCCAACUCCACACCCCUGCUGGUAUAUAUAUUUAUGAUGCUCCUGUGAGGCUGCCCUGCAGUUCCUUCAUUCUUUCCUCUCUCUUUCUCUCUCUGUGUCAUGACAGUAUACCUCCCACACUGUCCUUUGGAAACACUACAGAACUACUUAUACUUUAUUUUGGUUAAUGACUGUUGUAUAAAAAUCCCAAAGACUAUAGUUCGUGUGUGAAAGAUGAGUAAGUUAUUGAGGGACUUAUCAGGGAGGAGUGGUCAAGUACCGCAUGAGAUUAUAAAGGUAAAAUAUGUUUGGUUUUAUCUUCUUUUUAAGGAAAUGUGGAUAAGAGUGAGAAUAAAUUUAAAUUAUA